AAGGGAGUGCGCUAGUCAAAACACCGGAAGUAAGCGAUGCCAACCAACUAGUUAGUUCAGGGGUAACUAUUUACAACACCAAAAGUACAUUUUCGAGUUGAAAAUAACAAGAUGGGAACAACAGCAAGUCAACUCGGGAAGGAUUUGCUCUCAGAAUACCAAGAGCUGACAUUCUUGACAAAACAAGAAAUUCUUCUUGCUCACAAGAGAUUCACCGAACUGCUUACAAAAGAUGAGAAAGACAUUGGGACUAAUACCAGAGUACCAAUGGAUAGGAUUCUUACUCUGCCAGAGCUCAAGUCCAACCCUUUCAGGGAAAGAAUCUGCCAUGUAUUCUCAACAUCUGAACACAAAGAUGGAAGCCUCACAUUUGAGGACUUUCUGGAUCUUUUGAGUGCCUUCAGCGACUCUGCCACUCUGGAAAUCAAAUCCCACUAUGCAUUCCGUAUAUUUGACUUUGACGAUGAUGGAACCCUUGACUGCGGUGAUCUGGAGAAGCUGGUUAACUGCCUGACUGGUGACACAAAUGACACAAGACUAACCCCCGACGAAAUGAGACAGCUCAUCAACAAUAUUCUUGAGGAGUCGGACAUUGACAAGGACGGAACCGUUAACCUGUCUGAGUUUCAGCAUGUUAUUUCAAGGUCGCCAGAUUUUGUCAGUUCUUUCAAGAUUGUGCUGUGAAGACCUACUGUGGACUAUGGAAUUGAUCACCCAUUAAUUAUUCUAUUAUGAUGUGUGAUUUUUUUUAGUUAGAACAGUUUUAGAGAUUUGCCUUAAAUUAUAUUUACCUGUGGAUUUUACUGCCUUAACCCUUUUAUGUGAAAGAAAAAUUCUGAUGUUUUUUAAUUUCUAUAAAGAAAGCUUCCAAAACUAAA